AGUAAAAAAAAAAAAAAAAGCCUAUUCAAUACCUACGUUUGAUUUUAGCUUUUCACGUUAUUGGAUCCCGUGUGUCACCCCGCAAAAAUCGAGCCAUGUGUCUAGCAGAAAUUCGACAUAACAAAAUAGGAAGGAGAAAACAAGACAUAAUGUGAUUAUGAAACGCACUCGCUACCGCUUUAGAGAAUUUCUUUAUGUUUGUGGAGACAUGUCUAAUUUUUUUAAUUCUAAUUGUCUAGAAUGAAGUUGAUAUUAUCGAGUGGAGAGUGAAGGAUCUUAAUUGACAAGGAGGAAGAAGCUUUCAAUUUAUCAUGUUUAUGAAUAAUUUGUGAUUUGCUUCGAUUUCUUGAGUUUUCUAGAUUGGCGUUGAACCAUUUGUAUGGUUAAUUUGUGAUUUGCUUGAAUUUUCUAGAAUGGUGUUUUAUAUAUGAUAAUUUGUAUAUUGAGAUAUUGAUAUUUGACUUUUAUUUGAUAGGAACUUGUUAUUGUAAAUUUUUACGACAAAAACCUAUGGGUACCCAGCGGGUUGGGUUUGAAUUUUUCAAACCCAGUGAGUUAUACCCCGAGGUUUUUUCACGGAUAAACCCAUGGGUUUGGAUAUGGCAAAACCCGACCCAACCCCGACCCAUUGCCAUUCUUAGGUAGAGCACACAUCAAUGGCACCUCAACAUGUUUAGAAUUUCAACAAACCAAAAUUUUCAUGAUAACCAAAGGACAUAGGCUUUGAGAAUUAUAUUCGAGAAAAUGAGAAUUAUCCCUCCUAUUUUGUUUCGUACCAUUGGUACCCUACUCAGUUCAUUUUCAACCUUUCAAACCUAAUUUCAGACCUCAUAGGCAAUGUUUAUCAUGAAAGAUGAAACUCAUACACAAUUUUCAACAUUUCCAAGCCUUCACCAACUGAAAUUUCGUAAUCACCGGAAUAAUUGAAUAGCUUCUGUCUUUUAGUACUUUUUUUUUUUGUUUAGACUCAAUACAAUUUGUUUGAGACAUAGCUAUCAAGUACACUAAAUAAAAUUAUGAGAGUGAUAGAACUCGAAAUACGAAAACAGAUAGUAAGAUCGACAUGACGAUACGGUCAAAUCGAUCCAAAUCGCACCGCACCGCAUAAUUUCCAUCAACAUGAAUCUUAACCAGUCACUACGUACUACCUUUCCUCUCGUCUAACUUUUCAAAAACAAAUUGCAUUCUUUGUUUGACCUUUACACGACUACCAACCACGACUCUUCCCAUUAAAACUCACAACCCAUUUCCAAGCAAUUCUUCCAUCCUCUCUCUCUCUACUUAAACAACCACCAAAACUUUUGGCCAUCAUUAUUCGUUCAGAGAAAUUAAGAACUCGUUCCUCUUCCUCCUAGAGUUCACCCAUCUUUGUACCGCUCUCUCGUCCAGACACGUUUAACUUUAUUCGAGCCGUGUACGAUGGGGAACAGCCUAGGAUCCAAACACAGAAGGGCCAAAGUGAUGAAGCUCGACGGCGAGACCUUCAAGCUGAAAACCCCGGUUCGAGCCGGCGACGUCCUCAAGGACCACCCGCCGGGCCACUGCCUCCUCGAGUCCGAGUCGGUCAAGCACUUCGGCUCCCGGGCCAAACCGCUCGAACCGGACCAGAACCUGCUCCCCAAGCGGCUCUACUUCCUCGUUGAGCUUCCCAAAACUGGGCCCGCCACGUCCGUGGGCCGGGCCGCGAACCCGAGGAGGGUUUGGUCGGGCCCAAUGAACCUCACCGCCAGGGACAGGCUCGAGAACCUGAAGCUCGCCAGGAGGUCGGCCUCCGACCUCUCGGCGCUGAUGACGCCCGCGGCGGUGGCCGGCAGCGUCACCGUGGCGGACGGAGGCGCCGGGGAGGAAGCUGGGACGGUGAGGGUGAAGGUGAGGCUGCCGAGGGCGGAGGUGGAGAGGCUGAUGAGGGAGAGUAAGGACGGGGAUGAAGCCGCGGCGAGGAUUAUGGAUCUUUGUGCUGGUGGUGGACGGAGUGGUGAAGUUGGCGGCGGCAGAGGAGAAGGGAGCAGCAGCGGCGGCGGCGGGGGGAGCAGUGCUCGACGACGUGACGGCGUGAUGAAGAAACGGGUGAGUUUCUUGCCGAUCAAUGAAGCAGAGAUGCAGAUAGCCGUGGCCUCCUACUAGCUAGCGAGCUAGUUACAUUAAUAAUGGAUGAUUAAGUCGAUCGAAGAUGCAUUUGUUUGUAAUAAUUACGCAAAGAAAAUGUGGCCACUAAUUAAUUUACAGUAAGCAAUUAAGUAGUCUCUCAAUUUUUUCCAGCCUUCGAACUCUCAUGGGAACCAAAGCAUGCAUGUAAUGUAAGUUCCCUUUGCUUGUCUCCGAUGGUUUAGGUUUUUGUGUAUAUAGGCCAGAUUGUAUAGAGAUACAGCAAAGCGGUCCCGUUUUGGGGUCUCUUGAGAGUUAUGAAAGAGCUUCUUUUUUUGUGAGAGAUAUGUAUGCAUUAUUGCAUUGUAGCCCUACUUCUACAUGUAUUGUAAUUUGAGAUUUACAUAUAUAUAUAUUCUUUCUAGGGUUAAUGAAUCUUAUUAGUCUAC